AUAAUUGAAGUUAAUAGUGAUGAGGAAAUGUCUCCAAAAGCGCUGAACAACCAGUCAACCCCCACCAAACAACCUGGCCAGGAGCAGUCUGUCACACCACGUAGGACACCGCGAAAGUAUAAAUCAAAAUCACUCGAUGACAACGUUGUAUCUGGUGGUGUAAUGCGGUGGAUGUAUGAGAUGGAUGACUAUCUCAUUGAUACCCUGAUGGAUGUUGUGGCGAAUGACCGUAAGAGUGCAAACGGUUUUAAGAAGGAGACCUAUAAAACGGUCGUGGAAACUGUCAAGAGUGCCCUAGGGAUAUCAGUACAGGAAAAACAUGUUGGUAAUUGCUUACGGACAUUGAAACGAUUGUAUUUUGAGAUUCGGGACACCCUCAAUGCCAGUGGGUUUGGCUGGGAUGAGGAUAAUAAGCUACUUACUGCCCCAGAUGAUGUCUGGGAGGAUUACAUACGGUCACAUCCAUAUGCACAACACAUUCGAGGGAAGGCGGUGCGAAGGUAUGAUGACCUCACCUACCUAUUUGGAAAUGAUCGUGCUACCGGAUCGCGCGCUUCCACAAGAAUAUGCCUAGUACUGCGCGAAAGGGAAGGUCCUAUGAUUCCGACAUUACGCCAACGACAUCGGUUGAUCUGAACAACGAUACACUCGUCUUAUCGAGUGACGAUAUCGGGGAUAGUGGGCAGAACAUCCAGUGGUCGUUUCACACUGGUGAGGGAGCUCAUGUCGCAACCCGUAGUCCGAAUGUCAAUGAGAACAACUCGGUGAACACAGGCAGCACAUCUAAUUCUAGGAAGAGAGUCAGACAGGAUCGCCCUUGCGACGUCAUUGGCGAAGGGAUGAGUGAUGUUGCAGAAGCUGUCAAGUCACUAGCUAUAACCAUACACCAAGGGAAGAAUUUCGUAUGUAUGUCCCAGAUUGUGCCUGCUCUGGAGCAGAUUGAAAGCCUCACAAGUCACGAGAUCGUACGCGCCACGAGGAUACUAUGUAAAGAUGAACAACAAUCUGCCUCGUUCUUUUCAUUCUCUGAGCAUAAGAGGUUGGAC